AUGAGCCCAUCACCGGGUGACCAUCCAAACCGGACCAUUCCGGAAUGGAUGGAUGCCCAAAGUUUACACGGUCGGUUAUACUAUUUAACGCUUCAAGGUGCUAAAGGAAAACAAUUGCCUAAAAACCCGUUCUUGAUUGGACGUUCCAUCGAGAAUUUUGCGGGUAAAAUUGAAGGAGCCUUUUACGAAAAGUCCCGGAAUUGGUAUGUGCUUAAGAUCAGGAACAAAAACCAAGGAAGACAGCUGACAACGUUAACUACCUUAUUAGAUGGUACACCGAUUAUGAUAGGUCGUCAUCCAAGCCUAAAUCAACGGAAAUUAGUGGUCACCUGCCGAGAAGUGGAUGGAAUGGAAGAUAAAAUACUGCUAGAAGAAUUAUCCUCUCAAAAAAUCAUCGACGUCCGCCGCAUAACCAAAAAAACCAACGCAGGGAUCAUAGGAACAUCAACGUUGAUUUUAACAAUCAACAGCACCAUAAUCCCGGAAUUUAUCCAUUUCGGACUCCUUCGUGUUCGCACGCGCAUAUAUUAUUCGCAGCCUCUAUUAUGCCGACAAUGUUUGCAAUACGGUCACCCUAAAAGCCGUUGCAAAAAUCUGUUGGCUUGCAAAAAUUGCUCCCGAAGUCAUGAUAGUGUCGAUUGCCAAGCCGAACCCUUUUGUGGAAACUGCAAAACAACAGGUCAUUCCCCUUUGGAUAGAAAGUGCCCCAUUUGGACAGCAGAAUCAGCAGCACAAAAACUCAGCACCGACAAAAAUAUCCCGAUCAACGAGGCCCGACGAAUGAUAACCACGAGCAGCAGCACAACCAGCUACGCGAACGCAGUUAAAGCCAACCAGAAACAACAGAGUACAGCACAUCAGCCACAAGAUAAAACAAAAGAAGAAUCAAACCAACAGACGAGCCAGAACCAAAAAAGAACGCUAGAAAAACCACACACUCAAACAGCACCGCAACAAUCCUCCCAGACUGAUGUCAUUAGUUUGGGUGCAGAUUCACCGCCUCGAAAAAGGACCCCUCUUCCAUCCUCUCUUCCUGCAACUUCGGCAAAAGAAGUUGUUCGUGAAGAAAUGGUAUCACACUCUACCCGAUCAAUCGUGACGCGCAGUAUGCAGCAAGUGCGGCCACCAGAAAAAUCCUAA